AUGCACUUUUUCUUUCUUCUAUUUCUCCCUUUUACCCUAGCCGUCAAGGAUUUGGCCUGGUACUCUUCGAGCACUGGUCUCGGUUCUUCUUCUUCAGUCAUCCAUUCACCAUUACAAGCUGCAACUGCCAUUGACUUUUGUCAGAAGAGAAAUUAUGUAAUUCAAUCAAGCCCCAAUUCCCUUUUUUUCAGUUGCCUGUCGACAUUGGAAAGUGUUCUCAACAACUCGUACGCUACUAUUAUGACCCGGCAGUCGAUGAAUGCAAACGAUUCACUUUUUCGUAAGCUGCAUCCCUCGAGAAAUGAACCACCCAUAAAUCACACUGUUUCCAGAGGUUGUGGAGGUAAUUCGAAUCGAUUUAUGAGAAGGGCGCACUGUCGGAACCGAUGUGUGAAACAACCGAACAAGUUGGUAACAGUUCAAGAAUUGAAGCAUCGAAGAACUGUCACUACAACCACACCGGCAGAUGAAAAGAAAGUUGAAGAAACUGAAAAGGAUAUAGAUUCAGCGAAGGUAGGAUACAAGGGCAUCAUAAACUGCCGUAAAAUAGGUGAAGGUGUUCGGGAGUUCGCUUAUAAGUGGCAAUAUGGCAUUAACGACAACGGAGUGUGCCAAGGUUGCGAUCCUCUCUACGGAACAUGUAUCGAUGGAAAAUGCGGAUGCAUGAAAGGGUUCCGGCCACUAGGAAAAGUCUGUAUUGAUCUCAAUGAAUGUGAUAAUGGAGCGGUUUGUGGUGCGAAUGCGAGAUGUGUUAAUGAAAUUGGAUCUUUUCAAUGUGUUUGUGAUGCUGGUUUUAGUAUUGACGGGGAUUGUAAAAUCGGACAAGAGGCGUGUAUGGACGAAUUUGAUGUGAAUUUAACUGAAGAAGAUUGCAACAAUGGAAAACAAGAAAUCAAAUAUUACUAUGACGCUGAAACCGUACAAUGCAAACAGUUCUUUUAUGGAGGAUGUAAAACCAAGUCUAGAAAUUUCUUCGCUGAUUUACAGACUUGUGACAUAGUUUGUGUAUCGAGUCAACGAGAUUAUAUCCAAUCAAAUGGACAGUCUCUCCACCAUCCAACUCAUCAAAUUUCGUCUGAUUUAAAUGGAGGAAACGAUUUAAAAAGUAAUCACUACAAAAUCGACCUAUUCUCGUCUCCAUCGUCACCAGUUCGACCCGAUCGUCCGUUAUCAGUUGAUGAUUGGCCAUUGAAACCAGUCACUUUGAAACCGGCUCUUGACUUAGACUUCUCUGUGGCCCAUACAAAAUCAGUGGGUCAAAAAAUGGAAGAGGCAGAGAAGGCGGAGGAGUUGGUUCGAGAAUUGACACCUGAUCAUAAUAUUUGUGAAUUGAAAUUUGAGCCAGUGUUGCGAGAAGAAUGCAUUUCUGCUGAUUGGUCGGAGAAGUUUUUCUGGAAUUCGGAUUUUAGGGAUUGCGAACCAUUCUGGUAUGAUUCCUCCUGUGAUCCAAGAGAUAGAGCUGGAAAGAACUUUUUCGAAAGUUUCGAUGAUUGUAAAAAAAAGUGCGACGGUGGUCAAGGAGAUUAUGUGGUUCCGAUAGAAAAAGAAAAAGAAGACGAAGUAGAAGAAAGGGUAGAAGUAGAAGAAGAAGAGCCGGUUGAAGAGGAGAUCGUACCUGAAGAAACAACCACCCCCACUACCACCACAACAACAUUAACAAAGUCACCGGAGGAUGAACACAGUUUCUUUUUCAAAGUCAAACCUCAAAAUUAUCUAGAAGACGUCCUGAGCACGGAAAAGGACGAAGACCAAAGCAAACAACAUCACAACGGUUUUAACCCGAACGAGUUUUUAAAACAAAACGCUAAAAAAGUAGAAACAGAAGAGCUUAAAAAGAUCAUCCCCAAACAAGAAGAGACAACCGAGGCUACUAAAAAAGAAGAAAUAGAACACAGUAUUUUGGAAGAGCUUAAAAAAGAAGAACCCGUUGAAAAAGUUUUAGCAGCUCCCACAACAUGCGAUUUGGAAUAUGAUGCUGAUCUUCGGAAUGAGUGUACGUCAGCUGACUGGAAUGAGCUUUUCUAUUGGAAUGAGCAGUUUAAGGAGUGUGAAGCUUUUUGGUAUGAUUCUUCAUGUGGAGAGCCAGAUUUUGAGAAGAAAAAUAUUUUCAAAAAUUAUGAGGACUGUAACAACAAGUGUGUCAAAAAGAUUGGAGAGACUGCUAAAAGUAGGACAAUUGAUGUUAGCUCUCCUCUGAAAUGUAAAUGUUCAGAAAUUGCAACAACUACAACAGCUACAACUACAACAUCAACAACGACGACGACAACUACGACGGCUUCUCCAACAACUUCUUCUGUUCUCCUAGAAGAGACCAAACGACCAAACUACAAACAAACCGAUCCAUUGAAUUUGAUUCUGAAUAAAGCUCUCAAGCCAGAUGAGUCAUCAGAACUUCCUGAAAAGUUCCCACCAAACCAUGAGAAGACGUUUGUAAACUUUGCAAUCAAAUCAGAAGUUACGGCAACUACAAAGUUUGACAGACUGAAAUACAUGGCUGAGUUUAGGAAGAAACUUCUCGCUCUCCCUGAUAACUUUUCAACUCCUGGAAAGCCCAGUACACCAACCUCUGCUCCUACAACGAAGAAAAAAAUUGAUCCAACUACUCAUGAGAUAACUGAGAAACAAUCCACUUCUACAGCUUCAACGCAGACGACGACUACUACAACUUUCAAUGAUUUCGUGGAGGCCGAAAAGAAAAAGGUUUUGGAAACUAUCAAGAUUCUUGAUCGACCAGAAGACCUUUGCGACGAACCUCUUCAUCCGAAACUUGAAGAAGACUGCAAAAACGAUCAAUGGGAGAUUAAAUGGUUCUUCAAUUCCGACAGAGGAGCAUGCAAAUCAUUUUGGUAUGGAGGAUGCGAAGUGGAGAGCAGAAACUUUUUCCCUGAUCAUGCUAACUGCCGCCAUACAUGCGCCCACAAAUACGGAACUCCUGCUAGUUUCUCCUCAAAGGUUUAUAUCCCACCUGGCGGUUUGAGUACUCCGAUUCCUCCUCGCAAAGAUCGACUGACGACAAGUUUAAAACUCACUUAUCCUCAUUCUGAAGAUCUUUUCCCCGAACAAAAGCAUAGAAAAGUCGUCGAAUUAGAUGGAAAUUUCCAGCGCUUAGAAGAGCAACGACUUCUCCGCCUUCUUCCGACACCAUCAUUCAAAACAAAGGGACCCCUUCCAACUGCUGGGAACAUUGUGAAUGUAUCAGAAGGAGAUAAAGCGGAAAUCGAACCGGCGUUUUAUAGUCACAUUGAUAGGGUUGUUCACGAUAUGAAGUCUGGAGGACAUCCAGGGUACACAAAACCAGAGGAGUUCGUGAGAAGAAUUGAAUCGGCUAGUAAUGAUUACAUCAAAUACGACUUUCAAAAACCAGAAGUUGUGACAAUCAUUGAUAAAUCUCCACCCACAGUACCCACUAUCACAUGGAUGGAACAAACGAAACAGACAACACCACUGAAGUCAGAACCAACUAAUAAGACACCUACUACUCGAUCCAUUAAUGAUCCAUGUGACGACGAAUAUGAUCCGAAGUGGGAUGAAGAUUGUUUAGGAGAUUCUUGGGUUGUGAGAAGUUACUACGAUGCAAAAGCCAAAGCUUGUAAGGCGUUCUGGUAUGGAGGAUGUCAUACAAGUAGCAGAAAUAUUUGGUUUGAUAAGGAGACUUGUCGGACAUCUUGCGCUCAUAAAUUUGCAACUGAUUUUCCUAUGACAGGCGGUAGGUUCUCUGAUAAAGUUCAUUUUUUAUCAAGGACUAUCCAGAAGAUCAUUCCAAAGAAGUCAUCUCGUCAUCUUCUGAAAUCCAAGAGUCGUCAACUUCAUCUUCAUCAUCAUCAGAUUCUGCUUCAUCUAACACGUCCAAUCAUUCUGAAAAUAAAGGCACACGUCUCGCCGGAACAUCGUUUCAAACUGGACCUCGACCAGAAACUAGCUGACAUCAAACGAGAUCAUGAGGGACGGGAAGAUCUGGCGUAUUCAAAAAUGGUAGACCAUCCAGUGACUGUUGCAGCUGAAUGUUUGGAAAGCUUCAAUGAGACUCUAUCGAAGCCAUGUGGUGAUGGAAAGACAUGGAGCAAUAGGUACUACUAUGAUAAGGACACUCGCUCCUGUCGUAUGUUCUGGAGUAAUGGAUGCUUUAGUUCUUCAAAAAAUAACUUCGAUGAUCAGGAAACGUGCCAAUGGAAGUGUGAAGGAAGACAUCCACAACCAGCUGGAAAAACACUUUCAGAAUCUUGUCUGGAUAAAUUCGACGAGAGAUAUUUGGAAGAUUGUAGACAUGGAGAGUUCACAAACCGCUUCUAUUUUGACCAUGACCGCAAGAAAUGCGUAGCAUUCCACUGGGGGGGAUGCCAAUCCAAAUCACAGAAUUUCUUCGCAGAUAUGACUGUUUGUCAAGAUUUAUGUGAAUCACCGCCGAGAGAAUUGACACAAGCAUGUAUUCAGCCAUUUGACAAAAACUAUGAGAACUCUUGUUCCGCUGAGCAACCUCAACAAUAUUAUUAUUUCGAUGCAUCAUCUGGAAUCUGCAAAAUGUUCUGGUUUGGAAAUUGCAAGGGAGAGAAUGAGAACAUCUUCAGUACUCUAGAAUCAUGUCAAUGGAUUUGUGAAAGGAAACGGGAAGAGAGAAAACCAGGUAGAGAACAUGAGCUAUUUGCGCUGACAAGUUCGACCAUAAGUACACAGAAUCCUGUGGAAACUCUCAAUGGAAAGAGAAAUGGUACUUUGAUUAAUUUUCAGCAAUCAUCUGGAGACUGCACAUCAUUCUGGUGGGAUGGCUGCACGUCAUCUUCUCAGAAUAUCUUCCCAGAUGAGAAGUCAUGUACAUCGAACUGCAAGCAUCCAGGAUUUGAAAUUUCAUCCAAAUUGGCAUCUCAAGACUCCAAAUUUAGAUGCUUAGAGCCAGUGGAAAUCGGAAAUUGUCAAGAAACUUAUCCUGCAUUCUACUAUGACAGGACUUCUCGAACCUGUCGACCUUUCGCCUAUUCUGGUUGUGGAGGAAAUUCCAACCGAUUCAUGACGGUAUCUCAAUGUGAAAACUUGUGUUUCGCAUUCAAUUCAAUGAAUGAAGCAGAAGUAGAUUGCCACUUACCCAUGCACAUUGGAUAUGGAAAGAACGAAGAUAGUUGUUUGCCACAAGCUGGAUUCAGAUUUUAUUACGAUCGGAGUUAUGGAAAAUGUUCUCAAAUGUGGUAUCUGGGAUGUGGAGGUAAUGCGAAUAACUUCUACUCGUACGAAAUUUGUCAGCGAACUUGUUCUCGAUCCAAUCAGCCCAGAGAAUUGGAACGGAAAACUCGAGCAAGCAGCGAGGUGUGCUUCGAAGCACCGGGAGACAAGGGAAUCUGCGGAAAGAAUUCGAGUUCCUAUCCGCUGCAGAGAUGGACAUACGGAGCUCAGAAGUGUACUUCAUUCACUUAUUCUGGAUGCGGAGGGAAUAGAAAUCGAUUUGCGACUCAAAACUCUUGUGAACAGACUUGCAAGGGACUAUUGAAUAGUAAUGAUCCACGUAUCUGUUCCUUCCCACCCGAUUGGGGAUCUUGUAAUCAAUUGCGUUAUGUCUGGUUCUACAACUUAACCCGUGGUACUUGCGAUCAAUUUUUGUAUGGAGGAUGUGGAGGAAACCCAAAUAGAUUUGAAACUUUUGAAAUUUGCCAGAAGGCGUGUGAAGUGACUGGAACAGAUCCGUGUAUGGAAUCACUGGACAGAGGAAGUUGGUGUGAAGCAAUGUCGAAUCGAUACUACUUCAAUAAGAGAGCUCGACAAUGCAAAGGAUUUCAUUAUACGGGGUGUGGAAAAAGCGGAAAUAAUUUUUUAACAAAAGAAGAAUGUCAAACAAAAUGUGAAAAACGAUUCCCUCGUGCAGCUCCACCUUCAAAAAAAAAGGCAAAAGUAAAACUUCCAGUUGGAUACUCCGGAUCAAAGCCAAAAGACAAAACUCCAAUGCUCAGACACAUUAAUUUGAAUGGAUUAAAUCAAACCUAUUUCAAAUCCGAACCCCAGUGGAUGGACUACACUUCUUGUUACGGAUACAGAUACAAUGUCUCUGGGAGAGAUACAGUGCUAAACGUUCAUUAUUGCUCAAUUCAAGGAUCUUCUGAUUGCAUCAGCGAAAGUUACCGAACUACGGAGGGAGAAGAGUUUUGUAACAUUAUCAGACCAUUUUUACGAGGGCAAAACUUGUAUUCUUUCUACUUUGGAUUAGACUCGGUGAACCCAAUGUAUCGCCCUAAAGAUGGUUUAUCCGGACGAAUUCAGCGAAAAAAUGAGACGAUUGCUGCAAUUCUCGUGUUGCGAGCUAAUCAAUGUCAUGAGAUUUGUUAG